UCGCGAUCCUGUCACUGAUGUUCGAUCAACGUUUCAAAUCUUCAAUUUCAAACAGAGCCAAAAUUUUCUGCAAUAAUACUUACUGCAACUUGCAGAAAUUCUUUGGUAUUCGUGGACUUUGUGGAAUUCUGUCGCGUCUUAUGCAUAAACACCCAAAGGGUGGAUGUACCAGCAUCGGACAUUUCAAGUUCGUUAUCAUGAUACUCAUCUUGAUUCCUGGAUCAUAUCUAAAUCAAUGUAAUGCUGUGUUGCCACUGGCAAAAGCCCUCUUUCGUCGCUCUCCCUCGCCUGCCUUCGCCCUUGCUGUAUUCUCCCAGCAACGCAACGCAAUUUCGCCAUGGCGGGCUAUGUUAACAACACUUAUGACGACAGACUCACCAAUGUUCUCAAAUAUGCAGGAUCAUGGUUUAAUACAGGAUCGUACAAUGCUAGUAACGUUGGUGAGACUGGGACAUUAUCCUCUUCAAAGGACCCAGCAGCCAAUGUAACCUUCACCUUUCCUGUGCCAGCCAAUGCAUUCUAUUACUACGGUAUCCGUCGCUGCUGCGGUGGAUUGUAUGCAAUAUGUAUCGACUGCGAUCCGAACAAUCCCAACUUUGAGCUCAUCGACGCUCUCAAUAGAAGCGACGACGGUAAAAAUCCUCCAGUCAUCUUAUAUACUAAAUCCUUUGAUCAGCUAGGUAUACACGAGAUAAUCUUAACUAACCAGAACGACACACGGUUCGGGGGAAACUCGCAGAUAACGCUGGACCGUUUUGAGCUCCAGGUUCAAAAUAACAACGCUCAGCUUCCUUCAGAAUCCUCAGCGUCGACAUCACAAACGACCUCCUCCAUCGCUGCGACCUCAUCUACUGCCCCGGCGGCAUCCCAGUCGGCUACAACCUCAUCUUCCACUUCCAAACUCCCCAUAGCUGCUAUCAUCGGAGGAGUUGCGGGAAGCAUCGCGGCUAUCUCACUGUGCAUAGCCAUAUGGUAUUUUAUGCGGCGUCGUCAUCGCACUCAGCCAGGACGCAAUGACCCGAUCAUGAGCUUUUAUACCAGUUCCCACCAAUCUUCCCCUUUCAUUCUGCCUUACACAAAAUCGCAUACUCCCACAGCGUAUACCGUAUCAGACACCACCUCUGGUUCCACCUCACGGGAAGUAAACAGAGCUUCAGUAGCUGCUGGACCAUCAGCCUUGAAUGCAUCGUCGGGACGUGCACACACUCCUUCAUCACGUAUGGCCUCCAGUGAACGUCGUCCCCGACGGGCAACUGAUGCGGGUCGAAUAGACGUUGAUGAUGAUGGCGACAGUAUCGCAACGCUACCGCCUGAGUAUGAGGAAGUUUUCAGCAGCGAACGCCUUAAUGGCGAACAACCUGUCACUGGAGUGCGGAGGCGCGGGUCGUCUAGGCGUGAGACGCGAAGGCCUCAGUCUGAGAGCGAACCUUCCAGAGUUAUUGGGCAACCUUCAUCACAGCCAAUCAAGUUCUGAUGCAUGUUGUUGGGUUGGACUUCAUCGCGGAUGCGUCCAUUUUAAUGACAACCCUUGCUUCAUUGUUCUGGAUUGUCCACUUCUAUGACGUCUAUUUUAGUUGCACAUGAAUCCUGUAGACGCCAUAACCCUUGCACUUUCAGAGACUGUUGUUUUUCGAUUUUUUUAUAGGUAGUCCAACAUUCCGACCAUUUUGACAUAGCAUACCCAGAAUGUCAUCGAACUAUCAAAUUAAAUUGUUCGGUCCGAGUCUGC